AUGGCGUCCGAAGGCAGCGAUGGGCCUGCUGCGCCCAAGUCCAAGCAGGAACGUAUUCGUGACAAUCAACGACGCAGCCGUGCUCGGCGCCAAGAGUAUCUGGCCGAGCUCCAGAGGCGGCUGAACGAAUGUCACAACGCUUUUCGGGAGGCUGAGCUUCAACGGGAGGCAUUCGCCCACCUUCAAACUGAAAAUGCCCGGCUACGAGAACUAUUGAAUUUCGCUGGUGUCAGUCCUGAGGUCGUGGAAUCUUAUGGCCGGCAACACAAUCACCGUGCGGACGAUAGCACAGCAGCAUCGCUUCGACAAAUUAAGCCCAAGCUACAGUCGAUGGACGCAUCCGGACAUCCAAGCCCACUUCACAUACCCAAACUGGAAUCCAAUGGCGCUUUGUGCUGUCCGACAUCCUCCUCAUGUUGCACCUCCCAGCCCGGAUUGCCCCUUGAACACUUCCACGGCUAUGAUGGCCAAUUUCGCCGUCCUCACCAAUUUCUCGACGCCCCGGCUACAAUUGCAACGACGCUAUUUCAAACGACGGCAAUGUCCCCAGCAACCUCGUCCCAAUGGUUGAUUGACACAGGCAGCGAAGGCCCGGCCGCAUCGUACGACGACACCUUUUCUUGCGACACAUUUCGUGUCCCGCCUAAGGGCCCUCUCUUACCGGAUGAUGGCAACACUACACUGUGCUCGAUGGCCAAGGCUCUGAUUGAUCAGUGCAAUCCAACACCAUCAGAAAUGGAAGAAAUCAGAGCCCGACUUGCCACGGCUUUUAGUCGACCAACCUUUCCCGAACAAGGCUGCAGGGUCAACAACCAAGUUUUGUGUCAGAUAUUAAGUGAAAUGAACGCAAAGGCCAAUGCAACGAUGAAGACUGAUUUCUAA